AUGCCAGAGCUGAUCGAAUGGCCUUGCGAUUUUCCCGAGUGCGGUAGAUUGAUCCUCAGCGAAGAUGCUAUAUGUGAGCUCUGUCAUGAAGUCCGCUGUACUACCCAUAACACCAAGGAGGAUCACCAUUGUAGAACAAUAGGCACGAAGGAACUACGUCGAGAGAAGAAAGCCAAUACUAAGCGACAAUACCUGACCUACCUCAUCUCGCAACUUCGCGUAUAUUCGCACCACAUCACCCAGCAAGCUACGUCACUUCGUCCCGGGCACUCCUGCAAUCUCAACAUACCCGAAGCUGUAGAUGAUCUCUUGCAAUCGGGACUGUUGGCAGGCUUCAAUGUGCAUAUCAAGCUGGAGUUUGAAGAUGGUGUCAGGUGGCUUCUUCGAGUACGACAGGAUCGCCGACAUCGACCGCCAAAGAUCAUCAGACAAUGUAGUAUAGAUAGUGAAGUAGCUACGCUGAACACCUUGAAGAAAGGUGGCAUACCUGUCCCCGAAGGGUUCAUUCCAAUACGGACCUGUCUAGAUGAUCAAGGCCAAGAUAUUCCUUUCGAUUACUUCUUCUACGAAUUCCUCUCAGGUUCAACCUGGCGUAUGCCCAAACAUCCUCUCAAGUCACUCAGCCUUCCAGAAGACCGUCUCUUACAGCUUAUGGAGGGUUAUGGUCAGAUACAGAUCAAGCUUUCGGAGCUUCGACUUCCUGUUGACCAGAUAGGCUGUCUUCGGUCUGGCUCACAGCCUGGGAAGAUUGAAGUUGGACCUGUUAUAGCUCGAGGUUGUUUUCAGACUCCUGAGCCACCAUAUCUCCUUGGACCGUUCUCCAGCAUGAAAGAUCGAUAUCUCGCUCAUAUUAAAGCAACCCUGGACUACAUCCUGUUAGGAGCGAUAUGUCAGUUCGAUCCCAUAGACGCAUAUCUUUGGCACCUCGAGCUAGAAGAAUUGGUCAAUCACAGUGUUAUUCUAGGACAACCAAUCAAGGAAGUAUAUGUCAAGCAUGACGAUGAGAAAGGUGACCACCUGAUGUGGAAUGAGGAAGGAAAAAUCGUAGGAGUGCUGGAUUGGGAAUGGGCAUAUGUGACCAGCAAAGGAGAAGCGUUCUCAUCGCCUUACAUAUUCUACGAGUCUUGGAAAUACAUUAAAGGCGAUAACACUCUCACCAAAGAAGAGAAUAUGUUGAUUGAUUACUAUGAACGCCAUGAAAAGUCGGAUUUGGCAAAUUGUGUCAGGAAUGGUAGACUGUAUCAGCGGUUGAGUCGAAUUGGUCGAUAUGAUAAGGUGUAUACCAAGAAGGGGUUUCGAGAGCCUUUUGAAUCAGAUCCUCAAAAGGACUUCUGCCCACCAGAGAAGGAUGUAGAUUGGAGAGUGUACAUGAUAAAGAGGUACAAGGAUCAUAGCGGCCUGAUGGGCAUGAUGGAGAAAUACGGAUUUUCAUUGAAGAAGGCGGAGGUAGAAGCAGCAGAGUGGCACCUGAAGCAACAGACGUAG